GCGGCGGACGCUUGAAACACCUGCGGUGAGACGAGGCGCGUUUUGGCAUGAUGUCGUUGUGAAGAUGAUUCCUGAUGUUCUCGAGUUCUUUGUCAGUUUCUUGGGUUACAUCAAGAGAAGCGGAAAGGUGCUUCCUCUGAGGAUGAACUUGAGAGCUGCCUGGCUGCUGCUGCUUCUGUCCGUCUCUGCCGGAGUCUGGUCGGUGCCCAUCGAUCGCAAUGAGGUCAAAGAAGAAGGGCUGGAGGAGAACAUGGACACGGGUCUCUAUUACGACCGUUACCUCCGAGAGGUGAUCGAGGUGCUGGAGACAGACCCCCACUUCAGAGAGAAGCUUCAAACCGCCAACGCCGAUGACAUCAAGAACGGCCGUCUCAGUAAAGAGCUGGACCUGGUCAGCCACAACGUCCGAACGCGUCUGGAUGAGCUGAAGCGGCAGGAAGUUUCUCGCCUCCGGAUGCUGCUGAAGGCCAAACUGGACAGCACCAACACACAGAGUCUGCAGAUGGACCACGCGUCUCUGCUGAAGCAGUUUGAACAUCUGGAUCCUCACAAUCAGAACACGUUUGAGGCCAAAGACCUGGAGCUGCUCAUCACCACGGCCACCAAAGACCUGGAGAACUACGAUGCCGAGCGGCACGAGGAGUUCAAGCGCUACGAGAUGCUGAAGGAGCACGAGAGGAGGGAGUACCUGAAGGGGCUGGACCAGGAGAAGAGGGAGAAGGAGGAGAAGAGGCUGCAGGAGCUGAAGGAGAAACAUCAGAAGCAUCCCAAAGUCAACGCUCCGGGAAGCGUGGCUCAGCUCCGGGAAGUCUGGGAGGAGACCGACGGUCUGGACCCCAAAGAGUUCAACCCCAAAACCUUCUUCAAACUCCACGAUACCAAUGGAGACGGAGUUCUGGACGAGCAGGAGCUGGAAGCGCUCUUCACCAAAGAGCUGGAGAAGGUGUACGACCCGAAGAACGAGGAGGACGACAUGAUGGAGAUGGAGGAGGAGCGGCUGAGGAUGAGGGAGUACGUGAUGAAGAGUGUGGACACGAACAAGGACCGGCUCGUCACCAUGGAGGAGUUCCUCAAGUCCACAGAGAAGAAGGAGUUCAACAACCCCAAAGAGUGGGAGACUCUGGACAUGAAACCCGUCUACUCAGAGGAGGAGCUGCAGAGGUUUGAGGCAGAGCUCCGCGACAAAGAGGAGGAGCUGAAGAGGAGAGCGGAAACUCUGCGUCAGGAGCAAGAGCUGCUGACGGAGCGAGGCAAAGCUCUGGAGGCUCAGAAGAGGGAGUACCAGCAGGCCGUGAUGGAGAUGUCCAAGAGACAACAGGAGCCUGUGGCUGCUGCACCGCCUCCUGCUGGCCCGCACGGAGAGCUGCAGUUCCAGCCAGAGGCCAAGAAACUGGAAGAAGCGAAAGCUGCUGAGGAACACGAAGCUCAAGUGCAGAACAGCCUUCCUGCCGAGCCGCCGCAGAAUCAGCCUGUACACAACUAGACGCACUCCUCAACACACACACGUCAAACACACUCGCUUCAUUACUGUAAUACAGCAACAAAACACAAACCUACGUACAGCGCAACAUGAAAACACACCACCCAAAUUCAUGAUUCACAACACACACUUCACAUUCAUGCAGAAACAUCAGAUCAAAACACACACAAAGGGACAUAUGUUAACUCACUCGCUCUGGUUUGCACUGACACAGAGGUCCAGAAGGUUCUGAGACUCGGUCAUGUGAUCUGUGUUUGUUUUUAGAGAAAUGUUUUGUGGUGCUUUUUGGUUUUUAUGAUGUUAUGGCUUGAACUUGUUGCAACACACAAACGAAAAAUAAAUGCUUUUAUUUAAACAA